AUGUCAGAAACAAACGACACAAAAGAAGAUAAUCUGGAGCAGACCGUGAGUCUGAAAAACAGCAAAAGCGUCACAGUCGCAUUCAAAUUGAAUGGGAAAAAUUACCCCCUUUGGUCAAGGCUGAUCAAAGUGAAGAUAGGAGGCCGAGGAGCCUAUUCGUACAUCCGGAACGACCCCCCAGAACCGGGAAGUAAGGGGUUCGACGAGUGGGAAGAAAAUGAUCUAGUGGUGUUCUCGUGGAUCGUCGACAACAUCGAGAACGAUAUCGUAGCAGAUUUUGCCCACCACCUGACUGCGAAGGCGCUGUGGGACAGCCUUGCAGUGACAUUCGAGAAUAAGGCCGACAAGUACCUCAUCUACGACCUGGAAGAGAAGGCAAUAAACAUCAAACAGGGAAACCUCGAUCUAGAGACUUAUUACCGGAGGAUCCAUGGAUUAUGGAUCAACAUCGACAGAAGCCAGAAGCAACCGAUUAGUUGCUGUGACAAGGGAAUUAGUCAGUUUCGAACACAUUCGAAUGAGAAACGACUAAUUAAAUUUCUGACCGGGUUGAAUCAGAAGUACGAUUCAAUUCGAAGGGACAUCUUGAAGGAGGAACCGACCCCAUCAGUGGAGGCAGCCUACGGAUGGGUGAAGACGGAGGCGGCUCGACGUCGAAUCAUGCCACCGGCAUCGCCAACACCCACCGAAGAAGCCAACGGCAGCAAUGCCGAUUCGUCAUUUGGGGGUGAAAUCGGACACGGAUUCGCAGCAAUCGGACAAAACUCAGUGACCCAGAAUCAACGACCACCGAACCGCGGCGCACCACCGCGCUCCUCCGCCACCAGCCGAUCGGGAAAUCAGCGCCCCGACACCUCAAAAUUAUGGUGUUCCCACUGUGGAAAACAGAAGCAUACGUGGGAAACAUGCUUCAAAAGAUUGGGGUACCCGGAGUGGUGGGAAGAACGACAAAAGGCGAGGGCGGCUCAGGCGAAAUUAGCCGUGGGAGUUAACGGCGAUGGAGCUCAACGGCGCAAUAACGCCGGGAACAAUGUGGAUUCGACUGGACCAGGGGUGGGGGGGCGUCAGGAAGGCCACCCGACCGGCGGCAACGUGAGAGGGGCUGGCAAUUUCGCCGGGAGGAUGGAGACGACGGACAAAUCGGCGCAAGGAGGUAACGGGUUUGGCUUUGUGCCAAACCCUAAUGAUAUUAUGCAUUUGUAUCAUUUUUUACCCCACCAGAAUAAGGAAUAUCAAAAACAACCCCAUCCUCUUAAAUUUCGACCCCACCAGAAUAAGAAAAAUCGAAAAAACCCCCAUCCCAUUAAAUUUCGAACCCCUGACUCUCUGAAAACUCAAAUUGGACCCCAACCUGUUAAGAAAUUCCACACUUACCCCAAUUAUAUAUCUGAAAAUCAAUUUGCACCCCUACUAGAAGUUUCCGCUGCAUUUCAUGUACAUGAUAUCUCUGUUAAACACUCGAAGGGCUGGAUAUUUGAUUGUGGGGCGACUGAUACCAUGACCCCGGAUAAACGUGAUUUUAUUGAUUUUAGUGAAGACACGAAAUCCUAUAUUAAAACUGCAAAUGGGGAAUUGAUUAAUGUUGAAGGAUCUGGCACAGUUGAAAUAUCUCCUACACUUCGGCUUACGAAUUGUUUAUAUGUUCCUACUUUAUCUCAGAGACUGAUGUCUAUUAGUCAUGUAACGAAGGAACUGAAUUGCACACUUCUAAUGCAUCCCGACUUUUGUAUUUUACAGGAUACUCAGACGAAGAGGAUUCUUGGGCGUGGCACUGAGAAACGGGGGCUCUAUUAUGUGGACGAGAUAGCUCACCAUGGCAGUGCAAUGCUGGCUCACGGAUCCACGCAACAGGAAACUUGGCUCUGGCACCGAAGACUAGGACACCCCUCUCCUGGUUACUUUAAAUUGCUUUACCCGAACCUUUCCAUUUCGUCUAAUUUUUCGUGUGAAACUUGUGUUUUGGCCAAGAGCCAUAGACAUUCUUUUAAACCUUCAAAUACUCGGGUGAAAUCCAUGUUUUCUUUAGUACACUCUGAUGUUUGGGGUCCUGCACCUACUGUUGGUGGGAAUGGUUUCAUAUACUUUGUGAUUUUUGUUGAUGAUUGCACUAGAAUGACAUGGAUCUAUUUUCUGAAACACAAGUCUGAUGUUUUUGAUAGAUUUGCCUCGUUUUUUAAACUUGUCCAAACACAAUUUCAUACCACUUGCCAAACACAAGUCUCUGUAACAUAUUAUUCAUUCAAUAAUAAGAAAACUUCUCCCACCGAUCUCUAA